AAACGUUCCAGUUCCAUACAAAAAGAGCAACCAAUCAUAUUUUUUUUCACAACCUUGAUUUAUUUUUUGUCACCAACUCACCAACAUAAUUUUUUGUUGUCAACUUUUUUUCAUACACAUUCUAUAUUUUUUGUAUAAACAGGAACAUUUUUUAUACACAUAUUUAACAAUUUUUAAAUACAUGAUUAACAAUUUUUAAAUACAUGAUUAACACUUUUUAAAUACAUGAUUAACACAUAUUUAAAAAUGUUCCGACGAUGUACAUGGACUCCUCUCACUCUACGAGGCUUCAUACCUUGCGUUCGGAGGCGAGGAAACACUGGAUGAGGCAAGAACAUUUUCCAUGAAAGCCCUCAUAAAGCUCUUCCAUCCAUGGAUUACCACUUACGGCGCGCUGUAGUUCGUUCUUUGGACCUUCCGUUGCACCGGAGGUCUCCUAGACUAGAGGCAAGAUGGUUCAUAGAUCACUAUGCUAGAGAUGAGAGCAAUUCCGACCCAUUGCUCGUUAGAUUUGCAACGACGGACUUCAACAAUGUGCAAAGUUUGCAUCAGGAAGAACUCGCAAGACUGGCAAGGUGGUGGAAGGGGACCGCCCUUAGUGAAAAAUUAGGGUUCGCCAGGGAUCGUCUCAUGGAGUGCUUCCAUUACGCAAAUGGAAUUGUGUGGGAGCCAAACAAUGGAGCAUGUCGAGAAGUGCUUGCUAAAGUCGCCAAUCUAAUAGUUCACUUAGAUGAUGUUUAUGAUGUAUAUGGAACUCUAGAUGAACUUGUUCUCUUCACCGACGCCAUUGGAAGGUGGGAAGAAAUUCCUAGUGAAAAACUCCCCGAAUACAUGCAAGCACUAUAUUCCGUGAUGUACAACACAUCGGCUGAGGUGGCUGAAAAUGUGUUGGAACAACAUGGUUGUGAUGCUCGUCAUGUUCUUCGGAAAGCAUGGCGAGAUAUGGCGGAGUCUUUCUUGGUGGAGGCAAAGUGGCACCAUGGAAACCACAGACCAACAUUGCGUGAGUAUCUGGACAACGGAUCAAUUUCAUCCUCUGCUCCACUGCUGCUGCAACAUGCGUUUCCCCUGCUCCACAUGGAAGAAAAGCUUACCCCAAUGUCUCUUGCUAAAGUUGGAAGCUACCCUAAAUUAGUUGAGUCUGGGUCAUUAGUUCUUCGGCUCUGCAACCCACUCUGCUGAGCUGGAGCGAGGGGAUGCACCAUCAUCAAUAGCUAUUCACAUGUCAGAGAACAGCUCCAAUGAGCAAGAGUCUCGCGAAGCCAUGGAAGAUCUUAUCAUGGAAGCUUGGAAGUCGAUUAACGAAGAUGCAUUCAAACACUGCCAAUUUUCUAGAUCUUUUGCCAAGACUUGCGUGAAUUUGGCUCGAAUCUCACAUUGUGUUUACCAAGGUGGGGAUGGUUUUGGUGCGCCGGAUGGUCAGAAGAGAAGGCAAAUAAGAGAGUUAUACUUGGACUCUUUCAUUAGUGAGAAACAUUAAACGAUGGAAGCCCUUAAAAAUUAAGCUGCCUCUCCCCAGCUUAAAAAAUAAGUCACGCUCUAAGUUUGCUGAGACUUCUAAGUUAGUUAUCCAUAACUAGUUUAGAAGCCCCAAUGAACAAGAGAGGCGGCUUAUGAGAAAAGUUGGGGAGAGGGUGGCUUAUUUUUUAAGCUACCAAAAGAACUGGCUUGUUAUACAUGCUUCAUAAUCUGUAGGUACUGAUUCUGAUUUCUGUUUUGUACUACUAAAACUGUAGAACAAAUAGUGGCUGGGUGAUUAACUAGCACCAUUUGGUGGUCUUGAUUUACAAAGCUAAGUAUCGAGUUCAAUCUGCUCCGUAACAAGAUAUGAUUGGUUGUUAGCAACUUUCAGUGAUCUAAAGUACUUUACACUUAUGUAA